GUGGUGUUCAAUAUUAUUUGGUAGAACGUUAGAGUACAAAACUUCUGUAAAUGAAUAUUGCAAUAUUGAUCCAAAGAAUACACCAUGCAGACACGGCUGCUUGCGUUCAAAGUCAUGUGGAUUUACACAAACAAAAUUUAGAUCACUUACAAAUGACGAACGAAGUUUCAUGGUAAAUAAACAUAAUGCGUUAAGAGAUGAAACAGUGCGUGGGUCACACAUGCUAUUUGUUGCAAUGACAAUGAAACCAAUGAAAAUUGUUAGCUACGAUAAGGAGUGUGAAUUUCUUGCCGGAUGUCACAUGAAGCAGUGCAAAUUCACAAACGACAAGGUACGUAUUUCUCUCGACGAUGGAGCAAUGGGUCAAAUUAUGUAUAGGAGGAUGGUAAAGGACGAUGAAACUGAUAAAUUGGACGUGAAUUUUCUUUCGGAAGCUUUCGAUAUGUGGAUAAAAAAAAAGAAGCCGAAACAUGUGGAGAUUGCUGGAAACAUUUUUCAAUUAGCAUGGGUUCACACCACGCGUGUUGGAUGCGCUAUGAUGUACUAUAGACAAAAACCCGAUAAAUAUUAUUACAGUGUUAUAUGCAAUUACAAACCGGAACUUCCAAUAGAUAAGAAUCUUUCGUACGAACUUAGAUAUCACGUUUGCACAAAACGUAAUAAACAAUACAAAAAACUUUGUGGAUUUGUUAGACCGCUGGAAGACGAUGAUUUCACUCCACCACUUAGGCUGGACACUGGUUUCGCAAGUCUUCCUAUCUAUCAGCUUGUUGCCAUAUGCUCUAGUGCGAUCAUUGUUCUCAAUUUAAUUUAA